AGGACCAACAAAAGAGGUAACCUUAUAUUCAUGUCUACCUAAUACAGGUCAAACUUGUCCAAAGAAAAAUUUGACACAAACUUCAGAAAAUGUGUUUGUAUUCACGUUUGUUUCGGUUUCAACGUAAUACUAUAUUUUUGAGAGACGUUUUCUCCAGCUAAGAAACUUAUAAACCUAAUCACUAAUAGGAAAAAAAGAAGUUUGGCCAUGCCAGAAAUUGAGGAAUUUAGUAUCAGCCGUUACCGAUUUCAUGUUCUUUUUUUUUUCACUCAACGCCAGCAGUUACAGAAAUCCAACGUUAAAACCGUGAGCUUCAUGGUGUAACUCUUAUUCUCCUCUUUGCUGUCCGGACACAGAAAAACUCUGGUUCAGUGAAAGCACAGAGCUUCGAGAGUGUCAAGCGAUGAAAAAAGUUGUUCUAAUGUUUGUUCUUACUAUGAUUCUACUGUUCUUUUUCUGCACCUCCACUGCAAAUGACUCUAUAUCCCAAUUUAAAUCACUUUCUGUAGGCAAUACAUUGGUUUCUGAAGAGGGUACUUUUGAAUUGGGUUUCUUCCGUCCAGGACGUGCUGCAGAUCUUUACUUGGGGAUAUGGUACAAGUCAAUACCUGUGAAGACUGUUGUGUGGGUUGCCAACAGAGCCAAGCCAGUAAAAGGCAACUCAAGUGUGUUGCAUAUUAACAGUGAGGGAAAUCUUGAGCUUGUCAACCAUAAUGGGGUUGUGGCUUGGUCAGCAAACUCCACAAAGAAGGUUCAGAAUCCCAUUGUCCAGCUGUUAAAUUCUGGAAAUUUGGUAGUGAGAGAUGAAGGAGACCAAGAUCCUGAAAGCUACUUGUGGCAAAGCUUUGAUUACCCUUCUGAUACACUUUUACCAGGAAUGAAGCUGGGAUGGGACUUAAGAACCGGCCUUGAGCGGCGUGUAUCUGCUUGGAAGAAUUGGGAUGAUCCAUCACCAGGUGAUUUCAGUUGGGGUAUCUCUCUCGAAGGAUUUCCUCAAGUGAUGAUGUGGAAGGGGUCAAAGGUGUUUUACCGUGGUGGUCAUUGGAAUGGUCUUGGAUUCAGUGGUGCCCCAGAAUUGAAGGCAAAUCCAGUUUUUAAGUUCAAGUUUGUUUCCAACGAAAAUGAGGUGUACUACACCUACAGCCUCACGAAUGAGUCUAUCAUUUCAAGGAUUGUUAUGAACCAAUCUAUUUCCACUCGCCAAAGGUACAUAUGGAUUGAAGAUGCUCAAGCUUGGAGGAUUUAUGCAUCUGUACCGAGAGAUAACUGUGAUUCCUACAAUAUCUGUGGACAAAAUGGGAAUUGCGUAAUUGGUGAUUCUCCAGUGUGCCAGUGUUUAAGUGGAUUUAAACCAAGAUUUCCGAGGCAGUGGGACAUGAUGGACUGGACUCAAGGAUGUUUUCUCUCUGAAGAAUGGAACUGUGAGCAAAGGAGGAAACAUGGGUUUGUUAAAGUCAGUCAGCUGAAAGCUCCAGAUACUUCAAAUUCUUGGGUCAAUGAGAGUAUGAGUCUCACUGAGUGCAGGGAUAAAUGCUUGGAGAAUUGUUCCUGUAAAGCUUAUGCAAAUACAGAUGUUAGAGAAGGAGGUAAGGGCUGUUUGAUGUGGUUUGGUGAUCUCAGGGAUAUCAGAGAAUUUUCUGCUGGUGGUUGGGAUUUAUAUAUUAGAACUAAAAUUUUAGAAUCAGGUGAGAAAAAAAACUAUAGCAUGAAGGUGGUGGCAGUAGUCCUCACAACAGUCGCAGUCGUUGCAGCCAUUCUGCUUUUGUACCAAUUUGGAAAGAGAAUGAAAAAGUUCAGAGCUUGUGAAUCAAGUAAUUCCUUGAUAGUAGAUAAUAAUAAAGAUGAGGAAGAGCUUGAGCUUCCUUUCUUUGAUCAAGCUGCAAUCACCAAAGCAACUAAUGGCUUCUCAAUUAACAAUAAGCUUGGAGAAGGUGGAUUUGGGACAGUAUAUAUGGGUACCCUAGCAGAUGGGCAGGAAAUUGCUGUGAAAAGACUCUCACAAAGUUCUGGACAAGGGUUUAAUGAAUUUAAGAAUGAGGUCAUAUUGAUAGCCAAACUGCAGCAUCGGAACCUAGUUAAGCUUGUUGGUUGUUGCAUUGAAGGAGAGGAGAAGAUGCUUAUCUAUGAAUACAUGCCCAACAAAAGCCUUGACUCCUUUAUAUUUGAUCAGGCAAAGGCUAAAAUUUUAGAUUGGUCUAAACGCUUCAAUAUUAUUUGUGGAGUUGCGCGAGGACUUCUGUAUCUUCAUCAAGAUUCCAGAUUGAGAAUUAUACACAGAGAUCUCAAAGCAAGUAAUGUUCUACUUGAUCAUGAGUUCAACCCAAAAAUAUCUGAUUUUGGCAUGGCUAGAACUUUUGGGGGAGAUCAGAUUGAAGGAAAUACAAAAAGGGUGGUUGGAACAUAUGGUUACAUGGCACCCGAAUAUGCCAUUUAUGGUCUAUUCUCGGUGAAAUCUGAUGUCUUCAGCUUUGGUGUACUAAUGCUAGAGAUAGUAAGUGGAAAGAAGAACAGAGGUUUUUCACAUUCAAAUAAUAGUAUUAACCUUAUUGGACAAGCAUGGAGAUUUUGGAAAGAAAGAAGACCUCUGGACUUACUUGAUUCAUGCAUGGAGAAUUCAUCUGUUCUGUCAGGAGCAUUGCGUUGUAUCCAUAUCAGUCUUUUAUGUGUUCAACAGUUUCCUGAGGAUAGGCCAAGUAUGUCCACUGUGGUAGUGAUGCUGAGCAGUGAGAGUUCCCUACCUCAACCUAAGGAGCCUGGUUUCCUUAUGGAGAAGGAGAAAAUUUUUCUUGGAGCAGAGUCCUCUACCAAGCACCUGUUUUCUUCUACCAAUGAUAUAAGUCUUACCAUGUUAGAGCCUCGCUAGUGCACUAUUUGCCUCAUUUUUAGGGAAGACAGUAAUUAUGCUAAUAAAUUGACUAAUUUAUACUUGGAUAAUAGGAAAUAUUUUUAAUGGAACACUUAAUCUGUUAUCAAUUCAGAUAUUUUUUUCAUGACAGAUAUCAACUUCCUAUCUCUAGAAAAUUUUAGCCUUUUUAGGAAGUUUGGUUGUAAUUUUUGUUCAUGGGUUUGGUUUGACCUUCUGGUUUAUUUUGUUCUUUUAAUAAUCUUUUUCAUCUGAUAGUAAA